AUGUUUGUAUCUAGCAUAAAUGCUUUGUUUACAGUAAUUGAAGCGAUUCCUAAAGGCGCUCUCGUAACACAUCUUCCUGGUUUUAAAGGCGACUUCCCAUCAAAACACUAUUCAGGGUACAUGAAAAUAGACAAUAAGAGGUAUCUAUUCUACUACUUCGUCACUUCUGAGAGAGAACCGAAGAAUGAUCCCCUUGUUUUAUGGCUCAAUGGAGGACCUGGAUGUUCUACUUUUGAUGGUUUUAUCUAUCAACAUGGUCCAUUCAAAUUUGAAACUGGAAAGCCACGUGGAAGUCUGCCAACAUUGAAUCUCAAUCCAUAUAGUUGGUCCAAGGUUUCAAACAUUAUUUAUUUAGACUCUCCGGUUGGUGUUGGGUUCUCUUACUCUAAAGACAAAACAAAUUACGCGACUGGAGAUCAUAAGAUUGCUAUUGAUACACAUACAUUCUUGGUAAUGUGGUUUGAGCUAUAUCCAGAAUUUGUGAAUAAUCCAUUUUAUAUCGCUGGAGAAUCGUAUGCUGGUAUUUAUAUACCAACUCUUGCUACAAAAAUAAUACAAGGAAUCAAAGAUGACGUUGAACGCAACAUUAAUUUCAAGGGCUAUAUGGUGGGAAAUGGGGUGGCUGACCCUAGUUCACCAUUUAAUAACGAUGAUAAAAUCCUUUUUCUGCAUGGUAUGGGACUUAUUUCAGAUGAUCUUUUUGAGAAUAUUCAAAUUACUUGUAAUAUGAAGGAUAAUAAAGACGAGUGUCACCAUUACCUCAGUAAGGUUGACAAGAUAAUUGAUGGCAUGAACCCGUAUAAUAUCCUUGAACCCUGUUACCAUCCACCAAAAUCUAAACCUGAUACAAAAGAAAAUGGAGCUUCAACAUCAAUGUCUCUUCUGGUUCGGAACCGAACGGUUGGUCUUAACGAUUUUACUGGCUUAUGGACUAAUAGUGAAGGUGUUGAUGAUUGCCUUAAUGACGAAGUUGCAACUACAUGGCUAAAUAAUUUAUUAGUGAGGAAAGCAAUCCACGCAGAGCCGGUUGAUAUGAUUGGGCGGCGUUGGGUCACCGUUUCAGAAAACGUUCUUUAUAAUUAUAAAAAAGAUGCCGGAAGCAUGAUCCCGUACCAUAAAAAUCUAAUAAAGGCAGGGUAUCGCGCACUUAUAUUCUGUGGAGACCAUGAUAUGGUUGUUCCAUUUACUGGGACACAAAGAUGGAUUAAAUCACUUGGAUAUGACAUCGUAGAUGAAUGGAGAUCAUGGAUAGUGAAUGAACAAGUUGCCGGAAUUUUACAAGGAUAUGAACAUGAACUGACAUUUCUCACCAUUAAGGGUGCCGGGCACAGAGUCGCUUACAACAAGCCACAAGAGGCAUUGCAUUUCUAUAGUCAGUGGUUGGACAGAGAGCCAAUAUGA